CGUUCCACGAACCGGAAGCUAAUUGAGACCCGGCCUGUAGUUCCGGGGUCUUGCAGAGGCGCUCGGUGUAGACAUGCUGUAUAGGAGGUAGAUACAGCCGUGGGACACAAGAUUCCCAGCAAUGAUUCAGACAGGGUUUCAUUGUGAUUGACAAUGAGCAUCAACUCAUCCAGAGGAAAUGGUGUGGAAGCAGAGUCUACUGCAGAAAAUGGCGCUACCAUUGUAGCCGAAUCUAUUGCCAUCAUUAUUAUUGACGUUCUUAUAUGCCUUGGAAACCUUGUGAUAGUGAUUACUUUAUACAAGAAGUCGUACUUACUGUCUCUCAGCAAUAAGUUUGUGUUUAGCCUGACACUGUCCAAUCUCCUCCUAUCUCUGCUGGUCCUGCCAUUUGUUGUUGUCAGCUCGAUCCUGAGAGAAUGGAUCUUUGGAGUGGUGUGGUGCAAUUUUUCUGCGCUCCUCUACAUGUUGAUCAGCUCUGCCAGUAUGCUAACCUUGGGAAUCAUAGCAAUUGACAGGUAUUAUGCUGUUCUUUAUCCAAUGGUAUAUCCUAUGAAGAUAACAGGAAAUCGAGCAGUAUUGGCCAUAGCAUAUGUGUGGCUCCAUUCCCUUAUAGGUUGCCUUCCUCCUCUUUUUGGUUGGUCAUCGCUGGAGUUCGAUCACUUUAAAUGGAUGUGUGUGGCUGCGUGGCACAAGGAAGCCGGGUACACUGCCUUUUGGCAGAUAUGGUGUGCUUUGCUUCCCUUUAUCACUAUGAUGAUUUGCUAUGGGUUCAUCUUUCGAGUGGCUCGCAUAAAAGCUCGGAAGAUCCACUGCGGAACUGUUAUAAUAGUACAAGAUGCGCCCCAGAAGAAUGGCAGAAAGAAUUCCAGUACUUCCACGUCUUCAUCGGGAAGCAGAAGGAAUGGAUUUUCUAGUGUUGUCUAUUCAGCUAACCAGUGCAAAGCCUUCAUAACAAUACUGGUUGUUAUUGGGGCCUUUGUGCUCACCUGGGGGCCUUACAUGAUUGUCAUAAGCACUGAGGCCUUAUGGGGGAAAAAUAGUGUUUCUCCUGUGGUAGAGACUAUGGCUACGUGGCUAUCCUUUACAAGUGCAAUUUGCCACCCUCUUAUUUAUGGACUUUGGAACAAAACCGUGCGCAAGGAGCUUCUCGGCAUGUGUUUUGGCAACCGGUACAGAGACCCAUUCCAUCAGCAGCACAGGACUUCACGGAUGUUUAGCAUUUCUAACAGGAUUACAGAUCUUGGGUUAUCGCCACAUCUGACUGCUCUGAUGGCAAGCGGGAAGGAUUCAGAUCGGCAAAGCACAACGACAAACACUGGUUUCAGCUACUCAAAUGAUUCAGGUACUGAUGUCAUGCUACUAGACGACUGCAGCUCUGACAGUGCCCAGCAAACCCGCAUCCUCUAUUCCAGAAGAAAAAGUUCUGUCACUUUUGAAGAUGAAGUGGAGCAAAAAAAUGAUGACAAAAAAACACCAGCUGAGGAAACACCUACCGUCUGCCUAGAAUCUUAUGCAUUCAGUUUGGCAAAAACCAUUGAGAUGGAUGCAAAAAUGAGCUUGUUUGGAGAAGAAGCAUUCCGUAGUACUGUGCAGCCAUUGGUAGGGAGUUCUGGGAUGAACCGAUGUAACAGAAGCCAUGUCAUCCAGAAGCAAAAGGUUGUACUGCAAAGCAUUGAAGAAGGGGCCACAUGACCAUCUGUACAUUAGUACAGUACAUGAUCGUAUUCAUAGAAGGCCUCCAGCAAGAGGAUUUAUAGAAAUUAUUCACAUCACAUGUAUUUCUUGCAAAGGGAAAGAUUAUUCUUAUCAUUACCGGUGCCAUGGGCAUAAAAUGGAGAUGAGAAUGAGUUCUGUAGUGCGUACAGUAAGAUUCGAUCCCUGGUCACACUAAGUGUUAUAUACCAGUAGUAUUGCUUUCAAAAUGCUAAUCUAUUUUGGUUACUUUUGUAUGUGUGUUUUUUCACAUAUUUGGUACUCGUGUUGCCUUAAAGAUCUAAACAUGGUUUAGUUUCUAACUUCAGCACUCAUUUUUUGUAACUUCUUUUUUUCAAUUUUAAACGAACCGUAUUGUUUUUUUUAUAAUAAUACUAGAACUUUGUUUACAUAUUUUUUGUUUUAUUUAUUUUUAUUAUUUACAUUUACUUUUUGGUAUUUCUUGCUCUGAAAGUACUAUUUUUUUUUUUACACUACAAUUCAUAUCUAAUGUGCUUGCCAAUGCCACCAUGGUACUGUCAAUGACUUAUAGAUAGAUGAAAUAUGCAGACCGUUAGAGUACUACAUCUGUAUGUCAGUAUCCUAUUGAACUAAAUAGUAAUUGGACCAUUUCUGAAUGUGCCUUGUGUUGCAUGAUUUGUGGCAAACAAAUGGAAAAAGUUGGGUGGUAUAUUAAAGCCCUGCGUAGCUGCUAUUUUAUUUCCUUGUAUAAAAAUUUUUUAUUUUAAUAUCCCUGGCAAAUUUCGACUUGUCCAGAAUGUGCUGGAUUCAUGCACAGUAUUUUAGGAUUAUUUGGUCAGCAUUUUUAUCAAUACCAGGAAUGGGUCCAAAAAGCACACAAAAAUGGAGCAAAUCUUUCCAUUAAUUUUUUUCUGUGAGUUCCACUGUGGGUUUUCAUAAAACUACUGACCAAUAUAAUGCCGAAAAUACUGUGUGUUUAUUCAGCCAUUAAGUAUAUUUUAAAUCUGGCAGAUUUUUUGCAGAAACUUGUCCAUCUGUCGCAUGAUAGAUUAGAAAAACAAGGCUGUUUUCUAUCUCAAAACAGUGCCGCACCUUUCUAAAGGUUGUGUGGAGUAUUGCAGCUCAGCCACAUUCACUGCAACUGUGCUCACCUACAGUACCACACACAGCCUGUGGAUAAGUGUGAAGAAAAUGACCAUUUAUUUUCCUAAUAUUGGAUAACCCCACUGCAAAUUAUGUUGGUACCCAUUGACUUUAAUUGGUCUGCAGCAUAUCUGCUACUGGUACUCCACAGAAGAUUGUGGACGUACCCUUAAAGAGGUACUCCAGGACACUAAACUUAUCAGAUUUAUUUUUACCCACUUUCAUGAGUGGGACCAACCACUGAAGCCACCUGCUAUCUCCUAUAUGGCCUGCUCUGGCCCCCACCUUCCUGGACAUGGGCAAAUGAUGGUCUGCUCAGCCAAUCACAAGCCGCAACAUGUGGUUCAUUACUUGCCAACAUCCAGGUAGGUCAGGGCUGGAGUGAGCCCAGGACUGGUAAGGACAGGCCCAAUACCAUAGAAAACAAAGGGCCCCAACGAUUACACACACCACGAUCAAACCAUUAUCUCCCAUCCUUCGGAUGUUUUCUGGAUUUCCUUUUCGUACUUAUGGUCAAUGACUCAGUCUUUUACAGGUGACAUCACUGUGUGAUGCCUAAGGAAAUCCUGAAAACAUGACCUGUUGGGGGGGUCUUGAGGACCGCACUUGAGAAACACUGGCCUAUACCAGAGCAACAUACAUGGUGGCAGUCUAUACCAGAGCAACAUACAGUACAGACCAAAAGUUUGGAAACACCUUCUCAUUCAGAGUUUUCUUUAUUUUCAUGACUAUGAAAAUUGUAGAUUCACAUUGAAGGCAUCAAAACUAUGAAUUAACACAUGUGGAAUUAUAUACAUAACAAAAAAGUGUGAAACAACUGAAAAUAUGUCAUAUUCUAGGUUCUUCAAAGUAGCCACCUUUUGCUUUGAUUACUGCUUUGCACACUCUUGGCAUUCUCUUGUUGAGCUUCAAGAGGUAGUCACCUGAAAUGGUUUUCACUUCACAGGUGUGCUGGUGUGGAGGAGGAGGUGUGAUGGUGUGGGGUGCUUUGCUGGUGACACUGUUGGGGAUUUAUUCAAAAUUGAAGGCAUACUGAACCAGCAUGUCUACCACAGCAUCUUGCAGCGGCAUGCUAUUCCAUCCGGUUUGCGUUUAGUUGGACAAUCAUUUAUUUGUCAACAGGACAAUGGGGGACAUGUAUCAAAGAUUUUACCCGUUUUGUGUGUGUGUUUUUUUUUUUUUUUGGCGCAAAAUUUUGCGCAAGCCCUUGUGCAUUUUUUUGCGCACGUUUUGGUAGAGCAUGUCCUCCAGAUGUGGCCGAAUCAGGGUAACUUGGAGUGACAUCUAUAGUACACAUGGAUUUAUUAACUGCGUACUCUUCCUUUACACCAAAAAUUUUGCCGCAAGAGCUGUUUUUUUUUGCGCAAAUAUAAGCCAUCUUGGACUUAACGUAGCAAGAUGCUCAAAAUCAUCUAUUCUAUUUUCCAAAGAGUGGAUUGAGGAGAUUACUAUAUUUACCCGCAAUUUAUGAAACUCAUUGCGCUUGAUUGAUAAAUUUUGCGCUUCUGCGCAUAAUUUAGAAUUCAGGAAAAGGGGUUAACUGCUUCUACCAUACACAAAUAAUGAUACAUGUCCCCCAAUGACCCCAAACACACCUCCAGGCUGUGUAAGGGCUAUUUGACCAAAAAGGAGAGUGAUGGGGUGCUGUGCCAGAUGACCUGGCCUCCACAGUCACCGGACCUGAACCCAAUCGAGAUGGUUUGGGGUGAGCUGGACCGCAGAGUGAAGGUAAAAGGGCCAACAAGUGCUAAACAUCUCUGGGAACUCCUUCAAGACUGUUGGAAGACCAUUUCAGGUGACUACCUCUUGAAGCUCAUCAAGAGAAUGCCAAGAGUGUGCAAAGCAGUAAUCAAAGCAAA